ACUCGAUACCAAUAUUUCAAAAGGGUUUAAGAAUCAAAUCAACAAUCUCCUAAGCAGAGAGAUGAGCUUCCCACGACCUUGACAAGGCACCGGGCUGCCUCAUUUAUUCUCCUACAAAUUUCCUUGAAUUUCACAAGUCAGUCGGGCUGAGUCAUGAUUUUCGUCUAAAUUUAUCGCAGUUUUUCUUGUCGCAUACAAAAUGGGGUUUCGACCCAAGAUUCUGCUCUUGGCUGUGAUCAUCACCACGGCCUUGCUUUGGAGCUCAGUGGCAGACGCCAAAGACUCGACAGGAACGAAGCAACGAACCGGGUCCAAAGUCCCACUGUCCCCAAAUGCUCGACUUCGCGGACAACAACAGCAAAAACAACGAGAUGUUUUCUUCGCAGCUUAUCAAAUCGGGGAAGGUAUUCCGCGGUGGAUUUGGUUAACGUGCUUGUGGUCAAUCCUGCUUUUGGCGUGCACAGUCGUCGCGGUUUCUUACGUGCUCGGAGCAGUUUUCCACGUCUUCAGCAAAGAUAUCAAAUUGAGUUUCGAAAAGCCAGAGAAUUUCAAGUAUGACAAAUUGGAGCAAGAAUUUUGCGACAACCCGAUGAGGGCUCUCAAGUGGUCUCAGGGCCGGGGACUCCUGAGGAAGGAUUGCCCCCUGUGUUACCAGAGCGUCAAUCCCGAGUUUUCGGCGGAUGACCAGGUUAGCUUCGACGGAAGGAUCACGUGCCCCAGUUGCAUGGCCCGGGUUCAGUUCCUCGACUGUUCCUGGUUCGACCCGCUCGAUAUCGACGUUUGGAAGGCGAUUGGAAUUAUGCACCACUGGGCCGCUGGGGUAGAUAUCAAGACUGCGUCGAAAAAAUUGCUGCUGGACGACGACACGACAGCCAGUUGGUACAUGAAAUGCAUGGAAGUCGCACAAUGCACUUUGCAGUUGUGCUUCAGCGACUCCAUCAUCGCGGAUAGAGACCAUUACAGAUCGCACAGACUCACGAUCGCGUGUCCACAUUACCGCAUCGGCGGGCCCAACAAGGUCGUGGAAUUCAAGAUCGCCAAGAAAAAUGAGAUUUUCAAAAACUACGCGGUUGUUGUGGCCAUUGAACGGGACAGUUUGCGAAACAUCGUGCUGCCAACAAAGGUGGUGAGUCCGAGAGGGAUGCUCGCCUUCAUCAAGGAGCGAGUUUUGGACGGCACGAAAAUCAUGUCGAGAUAUUUCGAGGACGCCAACGUGCCUCUCCCAGCAGGCCAGUACAAAAACUUCCACGUGCCCGACGCCGGCCGCCCCCGCGACAAAACCACCGGCGAAGGGAUCCACCUCGACACCGCCGACGACAUGCUCGAGUUCCUGGGCCAACAGUUGGGCACUGCGACCCAACGAGCAGUCUCGACACCGCUCCAACUCCUGGCCAUCUACUCGGCCCAGUUUGCCUGGCGUCGCACCUAUUUGCCAGACGACGACAGCGAACACGACGCCGCGUUCCAACAAUUCCUCGGCCACGUUCGACGCGCAUUCCCAGUGGUGAGUUCCUACUAUGACGCGGACGUGGACGAGGAUGAGAGAGAGGAGGAGGAGGAAGAGGAGCCCGUGAUGCCGUCGCAGGCGGCGGCGGCCAGAAGUGGCGCCGGCGACGGAGAAGAUGACGACGAUGAGGAGGAGGAGGAGGAAGAUGAGGAUGAGCAACAGCAGCAGGAGCGAGAGAGGGGGAUUGAGGGCGAGGAAGAGGUCGCUAGCAACGACUAGACACGCGAUUGCAUGAUUUGGAUAUUCCGUUCCAAUCCCAUUAGUAUUCUGGUUACGGAAUUGUAUCAAUAUUUAUUGAAUUGAUCUUCGAUUCCGCUGGAUUAUUAUUUCUUUUUUUUUUAUUGUUGUGAACAAAAUUUCUUAAACAUGUC